CAAGGGGCAACAUGACAGCGCACAGUCGAGAGAAGAUAUCCUCGCCGUUGUGUCUCUCCGUCCUCGUCGGUCCGGGGAGAAGAGUUUUUUGCUACGUUGUCUUGGUUCUGGUCUGCACGCUGUGCUACAGUAACUCUCUACGUGGGGAGUUCGUGCACGAUGAUGUGUGGGCUAUCCUUAACAACCCAGAUGUCAGACCAGGCUCCAGCUUGCAAAACAUCUUUUUCAAUGAUUUCUGGGGGAAAAGGAUGGCGGAUAACACAAGCCAUAAGUCCUACAGACCGCUUUGCAUCCUCACGUUCAAGUUGAACAUUUUGCUGGGUGGGAUGACGCCGCUGUACUUCCACAUGGUGAACGUGUGCCUGCACUGUGCUGUGACGUCCCUGCUCAUGUACACCUGUGAGAGGGCCGUGUUCGAGGACAGCCGGCUGGCCUUCCUCUCGGCGCUGCUCUUCGCCGUCCACCCCAUCCACACAGAGGCGGUGUCGGGGAUCGUGGGCCGAGCAGACGUCCUGGCCUGCAUGUUGUUCCUCCUGACGUUUCUCUCCUAUAUUAGGAGUGUAGACAGGAGCUGCUCAGGGGACAGCGCCCCCCCCACAGGGUCACCCUGCUCCCUGCUGCUCAGCCUCUCCCUGGGGACCUGUGCCAUGCUGGUGAAGGAGACCGGAGUCACCGUCUUCGGGGUCUGCGUGGUGUACGAUGGCCUGGUGCUGUGCCACAAGCCGCUUACCUCGUACCUGCCCUGCGCCAGGUUUAGGGACCUCCUGAGAGUCUCUGGGCCAUUCGUCAGACGUGCCUGUGUGGUCUCCCUGCACGUGGCGGUCAUCAUGUCCUUUCGCCUGUGGGUCAUGGGCGGCUCAAUGCCCCUCUUCUCCGAGCAAGACAAUCCAGCCUCCUUCUCCCCUCACCUCCUCACCAGGUUCCUCACCUACUGCUACCUGCUGGUGUUUAACACCUGGCUGCUGCUGGCCCCCAUCGUGCUCUGCUACGACUGGCAGGUGGGCAGCAUCCCGCUGGUGGAGUCCCUUUGGGACGUGCGCAACGUCGCCGCCCUGCUGCUGGGAGUGGUCAUGCUCUGCCUUUUCCUGAACUGCCUUACAUCACUACAGAGACUGGAGAAGCGGGAGGUGCUGGUGGGGCUCCUGUUCCUGGUGUUCCCCUUCAUCCCUGCCAGCAACCUGUUCUUCCGUGUGGGCUUCGUGGUGGCCGAGCGUGUCCUCUACAUGCCCAGCAUGGGGUACUGCAUCCUGGUGGUCCACGGGCUGAACAGGCUGUGCUCUCUGGUGGGGAGGUGGGGGGCCACGGCCCUCACUGUCUCCAUGCUGCUGCUGCUGCUGCUCUUCUCCUGGAAGACCGUCCAGCAGAACGAGAUCUGGCUCUCCCGUGAGGUCCUCUUUAGAUCUGGCAUCCAGACCGUGCCUCACAAUGCCAAGGUACACUACAACUACGCCAACUUCCUGAAAGAUCAGGGACGCAACCAGGAAGCCAUUUAUCAUUACAAAACUGCUCUGAGGUUGUACCCUCGGCACGCCAGUGCCAUGAAUAACCUGGGCACCCUGACGCAUAACCCAGAGGAGGCUGAGCUCCACUACAGGACGGCCCUGGAGAUCAACCCCCAGCACAACAGAGCGCUCUUUAACCUGGGGAAUCUGCUCAAGUCUCAGGGGAAGGAGGAGGAGGCGGAGCAGCUGCUGAAAGACUCCAUCCUGUACGGGCCGCACUUUGCCGACGCCUACUCCAGCCUGGCCUCCCUGUACGCCGAGCAGAAGCGGUUUGCUGAAGCCAAUGAGAUCUAUUUGCAAGGUAUCGAAAGCUGUCCAGACAGCUCAGAUCUGCACAAUAACUAUGGGGUUUUCCUGGUGGACACAGGUGACGGAGAAAGAGCAGCCAUCCACUACCAGCAUGCUGUGCGGCUCAAACCCACGCACUACGUUGCCAUGGUGAACCUUGGCCGGCUCCUGCGGUCCUCCACUGACAACAAGGAAGCAGAGGCCUGGUACAAGAGGGCCCUGCAGGUCACGCGGAAGGUGGAGAUCCUGACGCCUCUGGGAGCGCUGUACUACAACACAGGGCGCUAUGAGGAGGCCCUGCAGGUGUACCGCGAAGCCGCUGACCUCCAGCCUGAGAGUGCCGACAUCUGGCUGGCUCUGGGCCAAGUCCUCGCCAUGGCAGGCCGGACCAAAGAGGCGGAGAAGAUGACCUUCGGGAUCAUAUCGAGGAACGCGGGCUGCGUGGAGUGCUACCGCCUGCUCUCCGCCAUUUACAGCAAGCGGGGGAGCCAUGGCGAGGCUCUCGAUGCCCUGGAGAAGGCUCUGCAGCAGAACCCUGCAGACCCCAUGGUGAUGGCCGAGCUGCACUUCUCCAAGGGGAAUCAGCUGAGAGAAAUGAACCUGCUGGACCAAGCCUUUGAGAGCUACCGGCUGGCAGUGGAGCUAAAUCCUGACCAAUCACAGGCCUGGAUGAAUAUGGGUGGAAUACAGCAUAUCCAAGGAGACUACACCUUGGCACGGUUGUACUACCAGAAGGCCCUGCAGCUGUCGCCAGGCUCCAAGCUCCUGAAGGAGAACCUGGCCAAGCUGGACCGGCUGGAGAAGAGGCAGAACGGGGCGUAGGCAGAGACCGGGUUUCGGGCCCGGAGUCUGGGGAGUGUGGAGGUGCAGUGUGGGCCCAGUGCAGCGUGGUCCUGAGGUCAGGCAUCAUGAGGGAUUAGCUUCACCCACAGGACCCACAAUAAACCAGGGAGGUCUUCCUCCUGCAGCCUGAAUAAGCUUUAAACAGACUUUUUGCUUUUUGAUGUCUUUUUUUUU